UCGAAGUCACAGUGUCUUCAAGCCUCUCAAGCCGAGCUAAAGAUGUCCGCCAAAUUCGCAAUCGCUAUUCUGCUCCUCAGCAGCGUUCUCCUGGGAACCGCCAAUGCCCAGCAGAUGCGGUAUCCCCAGCAACGCCAGCAGACGAGGUAUCAACAGGCGGGUCGCUACUAUCCACAAAGGGUUGGCACUCGUAACAUGGAUGGCUCGGGACUGCCACCUCCGAGCUUGCCGCCUCCGGACCUGGGUGUCCCUCCUCCUGGCGGUCCUAUGGAUGGCGGCGCCAUCAACCCGGAUUGCAUGCCCAACCAACUGGCCAGCGGCAAUGUGGACAAUAAGAGGCCUAGACCACGGCAUUAAAGGCACACAGAAACCGAUCCAAAACGGGAAAAAUCAUCGCCAUUUAACACCUAGUAAUUGUUUUGGAUUGUAUUAUAUUGGCGAUUUUAAAAAUUUAUCUUAAAAGGAAAGUAAAGUCAUUUUUGUAUUUCAAGGAAGAGAGUAACUAUGUAACUAUGUAAAAAUGAUAUAUAAAAUAUUUACUUGUAAAGAAAAACAUUUGUCAACAAUUUUAUAUAAAUUUAUAUUUUUUAUUUCAAUUUUAUUUCAAAAA